GUCCCUACUUUCAUUCAAUUUCUCCAUUACAUUGAACUCCUUCUUAAAUCUUGGUACAUUCACCUUCAAUUUCUAAUUUUCAAUCCAUAUUUGGUCCAGCCUUUUUUCCAAGGACUUUUCAUCCUUAACUUCCAGAUAACGCACAAACCCAAAUCUUUUGCCUUCUUUGUUUUUUUGUUGGGGCUGUAUAUUGCAUACACUCUUCCAAAUGUCAAGAACAAUUUCCACAUAUCUUCAUACUUCUAGUGAUUCGGGAAGUUUGUGAAAUAGAAAGCAGAUGCCUACUUGUAUAGGGCCCUAUCAAAACCUCCAUGGAUCUGACUCCUUUCCCUAAUCCUUCUACUUGUCCCACUAGUCUGGUGAAGCCUAAUGAAAUUCAAGCUAUCAUGAAAGAUUUUGAUGAACCUGGCUUUCUUGGCCCAACUGGGUUUGCACCUUGGUGGUACAAAGUAUAUGGUCAUACGAGGGAGAAAGUGGAGCUGUGAUUCGCGGGAAGAAGGGAUCUGGUGGAGUUACUGUGAAAAAAACUGGGCAAGCUCUGGUUUUGGGUAUAUAUGAAGAACCAGUGACUCCAGGACAGUGUAACAUGGUUGUUGAGAGGUUGGGAGAUUACCUGAUUGAUCAGGGUCUGUAAUUCCCUGCUCAAGAUGUUUGUUACCAUAUUUUUUUUUUUUUUUGGUUUCCCGCCCGGUAUCGAGGUUUCGUCUCGACUAAUCCGGACUCGACCCGCGUCGCACCUGAAAAUGGUGAGUGAGUCUCCCAACGAAGGCUGCUGCAUUCACAAGGUCUCGAACUCAAAAUCUUACUUAAGCUGAAACAAGCCGCUUACCACCAAUCCCUCGUUGGUGUUUGUUACCAUAUAUUGUAAUUGUUGUUUUGGGCUUGCAUCUUUCUUCUAUGAUGGCUGUGAACUAGCAUUGGAGUUGUCCAUGAAAAUAAUUGCGUUUAAAUUGUUUUGGUUCGGUUCGCAUCGAGCAGGGAUUGUGUGUAUCGGCGUUGUGCUCUGAUCAGUGCACUUUGCUCGAAAGAGUUCCCUGCAAAAUAGAAUUUUUGGGGAAGGUGGGCAGUUGGGCUUCAAUCCCAUCCCUUGAUUUCUCAACAAUCAUCUUCCCCACAUUGUUUUCUUCUGUUUUUAUGGUAGGGCACCUGGGUUUCGUCCCGAAAAGAUUUCCCCUCUUAAAUUUGCAGAAAUUUCAUUACAUAAAGGUUUCAAAUUCUCUCCUUGUUAAGAUUGAAAGGUCUGAAAAUUUCAUAGAAAAUUCAAAAAUAAAAACAUUACGAACAA